GGAGUUGAGGCGAGAUGGCACGCGCAAAACAAAGAAGAAGAGGGAAGUGAUUGAAGUUGGUGGGGAUGAGGACUACGUAUAUGGCCGCCCCAAGUCGAGUGAAGUUAGAAGGUCUUCAGGGCGCAAAAGAAGUGAUGAAGGCGGGUCCUCAAGUCGAACUGCAUAUACACCUCGGUCUGGGUCCGGCUCCUCACGCCGGGUUGACGAACCAAAACUGGGCAGGUAGGCUUAUCAUAUGUCGACAGACAGACAGCAGCAGCAGCUCACUAGAACUAGAAGCGUCUCUGCGCGAGAGCCAAGCAACAGAUACAUGUCGACCAGACCGGCUCGACGUCCAAGUGUCGUCAAGUUGUCAGCUGUUCCUGCUGCCUCCCCCGUUGUAAGGUCUUAUUCCACCAGAGAGCAGCCCACACGAAGGAACUCUGGAGGCAUCUUCUCGACCUUCUUCAGAGCAGGACCGCGUUCGCCAUCCAUAAAGGAAAUUCAAAGGGUUGAUUGCCUUAUCUGCAUGAACGACGACCUUCCUAUUAACAAGACGGCAAAGCUCGCUUGUGGCCAUCGCAUGUGUCACGCAUGCUUGAAGCGUCAAUUUACUCUCUCUGUUAAAGACCCACAGCACAUGCCCCCACGGUGCUGCACCAACAAUCACAUUCCAUUGAAACACGUCGAUCGCUUGUUCGACGAUAAAUUCAAGAGACUCUGGAAUCAGAAGUUUGAAGAGUACAACACUACUAAAAGACUCUACUGCCCUGCGAAAGGCUGCGGUGAAUGGAUCAAACCGGGCAGGGUUCGUGUUGACCUAACCACCGGAAGAAAGUAUGCUCGUUGUGGCCGAUGCAGCACCAAGGUAUGUGUCCACUGCAACAGUAAGUAUCACACAAGAAGGGAGUGCCCGAAGGACGAAGAGACCACUCGUCUAGUGCAGAUGGCGAAGGAGAAGGGCUGGCAGAGAUGUUACAAUUGUAGGGCUGUGGUCGAGCUGAAAGAAGGUUGCAACCACAUGACUUGCCGUUGCAACGCUCAGUUCUGUAUGGUCUGCGCUUUGCCUUGGAAGACAUGUAACUGCCCCUGGUUCGAUUACUCGCACCUUCCAGACGAGGACCGCCUGGACGAAAUGCGUGUACCCUACAGUAGGCAUGACAACGGCGUAGAGGUCAUUGAGAUUACCGAGGAGCCUUCCCCCCCUCUUGCCCGCCGAUCCAGCACACGUACUAGCCGUACUCGACAUCGCAGCGAACGCGAUCGCCCUCGAGACCGUGCAGACGGAGCUUUAGCUGCUCACUUACAGUCUCAACACCACCUGCAUCCGCCUAACAUCGCAGCGUCGAGUCUUAACCGCGGCGAUCAUGCAAAUGUCGAAGUCUAUGGUCUCGGCAACUCCGGCCGACAUCAUAUGAAUGAUUCCUACCAAGUCCGCCCUGUUAUCACCUCUGCCGCACACAGACCUGUACAAGUUCCUCCUCCUCGCCAGUCCUACUUCACCAGCCGCCGCGUGGUGCGUGAAGCCCCAGCGUCAGCCCCAGUAGCUCGACAUGUACCAGCGGAAGCGCCUUCAUCUGCCAUGGCCGGCCUGUCCCUUGAUGGCACAAAGCGCGGAGCAAAUAGAGUAGGAACCUGGCUCAGCCACGUCAAGGUCGACCCUGAGGCGACCAACACGCAAGCAGAAGGCGUAGAAGUCGAUGACUGGAGAUGCGAUGGAACGAUGAUUGGCAUUGAUUGAACAUAUACGUUUGUCAAUAAUUUUGUCUUGUAUAUCUUGAUUGCUUUGCAUGUUAGCGAAGGUGCAUAUGGAGCAUUUUGGAUAUAUUGCUUAGUUGCUUAGUUGCUUGGGACGGAGUGGUUAUGGAGGUGAGGCAUGCGAUACCCUUCAUUCAUCAAUUCAGAUAUUCUAUCUGAACUUUCACAAAGAUACGAGCGU